AUGUGCACCCACAAAUGUACCAACGGCAAAAUUCAUCAAAAUGCGGUUUUGAAAUUAUUUUUCUAUCUAUCUAUCUAUCUAUCUAUCUAUCUAUCUAUCUAUCUAUUUAAUUCUGUUCAUUAUCUAUCUAUCUAUCUAUCUAUCUAUCUAUCUAUCUGUCUAUCAUAUCUUUCUAAAAUGGAAAUUAACUAUCAUAUUAUUUGUUCAUAUCUAUCUAUCUAUCUAUCUCAAUCAAUCAGUCUAUCUAUUUACCUAUCUAUCUCUCUAUCUCAAUCAAUCAGUCUAUCUAUUUAUCUAUCGCAGUCAGUUAAUAUGUAUGUAUGUAUGUAUGUAUGUAUGUAUGUAUCCAUCUUAAUCAACCAUUCUAUCUAUCUAUCUAUCUAUCUAUCUAUCUAUCUAUCUAUCUAUCUAUCUAUUUAUCUAUCUAUCUAUCUAUCUCAAUCUGCUAAUAUCUAUCUAGAUAGCAAGCUAGCUAUCUCUAUCAUUUCAUAUCUUUCUAUAAUGGAAAUUUCAACCAGUAUCUAUCUAUCUAUCUAUCUAUCUAUCUAUCUAUCUAUCUAUCUAUCGCAAUCAGAUAUGUAUCUAUCUAUCCAUCUUAAUCAAUCAAUCAGUAUACCUAUCUAUCUCAGUCUGUUAAUAUCUAUCUAUCUAUCUAUCUAUCUAUCUAUCUAUCUAUCUAUCUGA